AUGUCAGCUAACCAGCCAACCUCGAACGGGCUGUUCGCGGGAUUGGAGUACGUCAACUAUGCUGGUUCAAUCUACCCAGGCAUCCAGGUGCAUCAGUGGAACGUUCAGAUGAAAGACGUCGAGCGUUGGCGAUAUCUCAUUCAUAUUGCUUCCAUCUUCUUCGGCCUCGUCAUGCUGUUCCUCAAGGUCGCCAUCCUCGUCGACUGGCUGCGCAUCUUUGUGCCCAUGAGCCAGCGCAAUGCCAUAUUCUGGAUAAUCCACGCCUUGAUCUGGAGCAACAAGAUCUGGGAUCCUUUUUUUGAAGGCGGUGUGUGUCAUAUCGAUGAUAACAACUCCGGCUCCUUCGCAUCCGCCAUUCUCAACCUGGCUUCCGACAUAGGCAUCCUCGCUUUGCCGCAAUGGGUUAUCUGGAACCUGCACAUGACAACGGCUAAAAGGAUCGGAGUUUCAUUACUGUUCGUCAUUGGGAUAUUUGCUGUUGGCUGCGGGGUUGCGCGUUUCGUGUACCUCCUGAAGAUACUUGACUCUUCCGAUGAGGUCUACUACUUGAGUCUUGUAGGUCUCUGGAACCUUGGCGAGGUCGCGGCAGGCUUCCUGAUCAUAGCGGGCGUUUCGCACAGCUCCAUGCUGAUGCUCCGCGAGUAUUGCGAGCUGCCCAAGAUAGACCUGCGGUCCAUCAGCUUGAGUUGCACGUCCAGAGCACUAGAUGACCUUCUGGACGCACCUGGUGACGAGAGCCAUAAACAUCUACCGCAGCCCAAGAAUCUGGCGCUGUGUAGAGCGGAGGGCAUCCACAUCAACGCGCACUAG